AUGGACCGGUGGCGAGAGCGUAUAGCCGAUAUGGAGAAAAGCGCGGCUUUGCUUUUCGAACUGUCGCUGGUCAGUUAUAUAGCAUACAGACAUGCAGAUUCCAUCAAACUGGUUGAUCCAACCCUCUCAAUGUCCUCCUGCAAACACUUGCACUGGCUUGAGCUCAUCGGAAGACAGCAUGACUGGACACUGCUGGACCCGGAUCGGCUGAAAUCGAUCGAAGACCUUCUGCCGGAUCCAACACGACAGACGCCCAUUCUUAUAGUCUUUUUCGGCAAGUCGCGAAAGGCUUCGGCUAUACAGACAGUCUUCCCCAAGAAUAAUCUGAGCAGGAGGGACAGUCAUGGUGUUGCCAAUUUGUUUGUCGACCACACAUCCGAGAACAGCGACAGCCCUUGGCUGAUCGCCGAUUGUACUUUAAAUGCCAGUCCAGCGAAUCAUUCUGGGGCGUAUGGCACUUGUCAUGACAAUCGACGACUAUUCAUCAAUUAUGGCGAAGCAGAGAACGGUAUCGAUCGAGCGACGGUUGUUGCACAUCUGCACAUCAAUCUAUUGACCCCACUGGCUCAUGUCAUAUGCCUUUUUGCAGAAGAUUUCGGCUGCAACAAGACGUGUUGUGAUUACCUUGGACAGUGGUUAUCUGUUCGAAAGCAGACAUCGAGCCAACGGCUCAUGGCGGCCCCUGAUCUGAUCGUGGUGACGGAGGACCCAUCGACCAUUGACGUUUUUAUUCAGCUUGAAUGCGAAACAGAGUUCAGCAGUGUCUUCGCAACAUUGACCGUUGUCACUGUGGACGCUUGCGCCCCAUCGAUCCUGACUGCCCAGAAACUGCAACGAAUCUUGCAAGAUACGGCUAAGGUGAGCGAGCAGAUCCGAUCUGAAGGUCACUUGCUCCUGACAGCCUGUCACAUGAGGCGCAUCUUCCAUCAUGGUGUCGGAAUAUUUGCUGCCAGCCCGAGCCGAGGAUUGGAUAUUCUCUCGUCUUCCGAUCACCCUGCUGCUAGUCUGUCGACACCAUUCAGCACACAUUUGAAAACGUUCGUCAGGCAAUCGCAGAGCCUCGGGUUGGAACAGACAGCGGUGAUUGGGCUGCUGGCGUCGGCCUUGUUGAACCAAGGGUACCCCGAACUUUUGCACCGAUUUGCCCCACAUCUGAUAUAUGGACGUUUUUUCGCCGCUAUAGUGUCGUCGUUGUCGAUAGCACAUGCGAAUGCUCAAUUUCACGAGAGUGUCAGGGAAGAAUUCGAGAGAUUGUUUUCACUGAUGACAUCGGAGAGAACGGCCGCGAUGAUCAGAACCAAUUAUUUGAAGAGAUAUUGGAGCCAACUUCGAAAACUCCACUCGACAACGACAUGCUGGCGGUGCAUGGUCCGGGCUCCGGAGCAUAUGUUACAUACGGGCCAUGGUCUCUGCAACUCAUGUGUGCUCGAAUCUAGCGUCGCAGCUAAGUGUGUCUAUGCGUAUCGCAUUCAGAGCUGUCCGGUCUGCGGGCACAGACAACCAGCCACAAUCUCGAUCAAGCCAUGGACGGUCGAGCCCAACGUGCUCGCCAUCGAUGGCGGAGGUAUCAAAGGCAUUGUGGCACUAGUCCUCUUGAAGAAGCUUACGGCAGUUCUCGGAUCGAACACUGAUGAGUACUUCCACUACAGUGCCGGUACCAGUGCAGGUGGCCUGGUUGUCCUCGACUACAUUGUCGGCGCAGCAACAAUCGAAUCGAGCAUCGAGCGUUUCAAAUGCCUUGCACGCCGAAUCUUCCCUCUCAAAAGCUACGGCAGAUUUCCACUCUUGUGGAAGUUAGUCGACUGGUUGAAGUGGCUCCUGACUGACAACAAAUAUGACUCAAGCAUAUUGGAAGAUGUUGUGCAAGAGGUUUUCGGAACUCGUGAACGCCUCUUCGGAGAUCGAGCUCAUCGCGAGCAAUCUCGCGUCGGUAUCAUGGCCACGACAGCUUCGAGCAGCCAACUGAGGAUAUUUACCAACUACAAUGGCGAGGCUCGCGCCGAACAAGGUAACGCUUACGCCAUCCUACGUAGUGAGAAGGCUACAGAAGAGCCCUUUCUGUGGGAAGUUGCUCGUUGCACCACUGCAGCACCGGGGUUUUUCCGCCCAAAGCAGCUGAAGUUUUUCGGGAGUUUACAAGAUGGCGGAAUGAGAGCGAACAACCCCUCGGCCGUGGCGAGAGUUGAGCUUCGUUACCUUUGGCCGCAGACCCCCAACCCGCACAUACUGGUCUCGAUAGGAAACGGCUACUCUAGACAAGAUCUGGCCGAUGUUGGGGCUGACCGCGGGUUGUUGCGAGACGGAUUUAUCUCACGAAUUCUCCGAGGUUUUAUGUCGUCGCCUUCUGUCGACGGCGACAGUGGGUGGCUAAACCUUCUCGACAAUUUGUCGGCCGAGGAAAGAACACGGCAUUUUCGAUUGAGUAUCCCGUUCGAUGGCGACCCUCCCGCGCUUGAUGAUGCUUCUUCGGUGUCGCGGCUAGAGGCGCAAGCCCUCGCUUACAAAGAGGACUACUCCGAGCUUGAGCAGACCGCUUCCAAUUAA